AUGAAGACUCUCCGGCCCAUAUGGCGGCAAUCGCGGAGUACCAAGUCCAGGUUCAGACCUCUCAGAUCAAAUCGGCUGCCGCCGUGGAGAUAUGCCUCAACUCAAUUCGGCCAAACAAGCAUAGACCCAAACGUCGACCCAGGCCCAAACCCGCCAGAGGAGGAUGAGUCGCAAGGCAAGGGCAAGUCGAAGAAAUGGCGCAUCAACCCCAGCAUCUUCAAGAUGCUCGAGAGUGCCGCCACGACCUUCGCAUCCAUUGCCAUCCUCGGCUUGGCAGGCUAUUCCUACCAUCUCUACUACAAACGAAUGGUCCUCCGGAAAAUGGAAACAGCCUUCACACCAGGCGACCCCAUGCUGGACCUCGCCGCUCCACCUCCAAUCAACAAGGUCCGCAUCCUCGGCGAGGAAGCCGAAACCAUCGACAUUGACGAGGAGAAUUGGAUUCUCCGCCCCGAACAAGCCAAAGUCGACGAAAUUAUCCUCGGCGCCAGAACCGGCCGCUACUACCUCAUCGUCGGCGAAAAGGGCACCGGCAAAUCCACCAUGAUCCUCGAAUCCAUGCGCAAAGUCGAAGGCGAAGGCAUAUCCAUGUUUGAAGCCCACGCCGACCUCGAAAUCUUCCGCAUCCGCCUCGGCAAAGCCCUAAACUAUGACUUCCACGAAGACUACAUCGGCUCUCUCUUCUCCAUCCGCGGACCCCGCGACACCACCGCUCUCCUCGACAUCGAGCGCGCCUUCAACAAAGUCGAGAAGAUUGCCCUCGCCCGCCGCGACAAAGCCGCCAGCUCCCCGUCCUCUACAAAGAAAAAGGGUCCCCUAGUCAUCAUCGUCAACUGCAUGCACCUAAUCCGCGACGACGAAGACGGCCAAGACCUCAUCGAACUCAUGCAACAACGCGCCGAGCAAUGGGCCGCCUCCAACCUCAUCACCAUGGUCUUCAACUCCGACGACUAUUGGGUCUACGAGCGCCUCAAACGCUACGCCACCCGCAUGGAAGUCCUCCCCAUCCUCGACCUGCCCAAGAACAAAGCAAUCUCCGCCCUGGCGCGCUUCCGCGCAAAAUACUUCCCCCACGAAGACAUCGACUCAGACAUCCUCAGACAAGUCUACGACCAAGUCGGUGGGCGCACAAACUUCCUCAAUCGCGUCGCGAAAUCGAGCGAUAUGCUGCGCAUGUGCCGCACCAUCGUGGAGGCCGAAAAAACCUGGUUUCUCAACCAAUGCGGCAUUUUAGGUGCAGAGAUGGACGACGACGUAAUGGACCAGCAGAAAUUCGCUUCCGCAGCCAUGGUCCUCGCUCGGGCCCUCGUCGAGAAGUCCAAGGAACUCGACACAGAGUACGACGAAACACAGGGGCACAUCCUCCCGCAGAUUCCCCUUUACAUCGCGCGCCAGAUCAUGACCCGCGCGGACUUUAUUAAACAGUACGACCAUGAAAAUAUCUUCACCAUCGACUCCCGCGCUAUGGUCCGCGCCGAUUCAGUACCAAUGAUGAAUGCCUUCAAGGAGAUUGUCGCGGAGGAAGGCUUCAAUGAGUAUUUGGAAGCAACGCUCGAUCGGAUCUCGGCCAUCGAGAGCAUCAAUCGAACGAAGGAGCUGACGAUGAAGGAUCUGUGGUUUGAGCAGAGGGAUGAGCAGCGCGGAAAGUAUGCGUUUGUGACGAGGGACAACAGAGGCCGGGAGACGGGCAGUAUUGAGAUGGUCGUCAGACCCAACGAGGCCAAGGACGAGAAGGACGACGACUGA